AAUUUUGCUCACUUUAUUAUUGAGAAAUCAAAGACCUCAUGUGACUUUGUAGAUGACUUAACACAUUUAUAGACCAGGAAGGAAGUGGAGCUGCGCUGUUCGCUUCGCUUUUCUGCGGGGCGGUUGCUGCAAAUUCGACCUCAUUAACUCUCGGCUGUGCAGAGGGACCAGAAAUGACGGUCCAAAUGGCCACCGAGCCCCCCAGAUGCUGCUUCUUCAACAUCACGACAGCAACAGUCGCUCUGGGGAUCUUCCACAUGGUGAUGAGCGUUCUGCUGCUGAUCGAGUACUCCCUGGAGGUGGCGAGCGGGAAAGGCUUCUGCAAAGACCUGGACAAGGAUUACUACAGGAUUGCUGAUGUCAUCACCAGUUUCCUGUUGAUCCUCAUGCUGUUUGUCAUCAGCUUCAACCUCCUCCUCGGUGUGGUGAAGAAGAGGGAACGUCUCCUGAUCCCGUUCCUUGCUCUACAAGUCCUGGACUUUUUCCUCAGCCUCCUGACGAUGUUCAGUUCCUACGUGCAAGUCCCAGCGAUCAUUUCCGUGUCCUCGCUUCGCCACACACAGGGGCACUCCAAGAUCCCUUUCCUGGCCCUGCAGCUGCUGGAUUUCUGCCUGAGCAUCCUCACCCUUUGCAGCUCUUACAUGGAGGUCCCCACCUACCUCAGCCUCAAGUCUUCAGACAACGGGGGCUUUUUGCCAACCCUGGAGAAGUUACCAACAGAGGAAUAUGCCAAAGUGAUGAUCACCUUCACCAUUGCGUUCAUUGCUGUCCUCUUCCUGAAGGCCUACAUGUUCAAAUGUGUCCUGAGCUGCUUUAAGUUUAUUAAAGCCAGCAAGAGAGAGGAGGUAAAAGUUGACCCACAAGCAGUUGAAAAGGCUGUGCUGCCAUCGUAUGAUGAAGCCUUAGAGCUGACUUGCAAGGAUUCCCCACCGCCCUACGUCGCAAUCUAAGCUCCACUCAUGGAGAGGAGACACCUCUGUUGCUGCUGGUGCCUCUUCCCCCUUCUGUCAGAUAGUCAGCCUCAUUGACAAGCCCUAACUUUAUAGCAGUAUCAUGCUUAUUCCAAUCACCUCACUCUAUGAGCCUACAAAGAGUGAUGUUGAACCCCUGGAGCUGGAGCCUUGCCCUACACUGGCAGUUUUGACGUGGUAUAAUACUAUCAAGCUGCAAUGCUAAUUUUAAUUAACCUGGCACCAGGCACCACGGAGGUUCCCAUCACGGGCCUCUGACAUCUGGCUAAUGUGAGACGUAGGCACCGGCCUAAAUCCCUUGUCAGGCUUGCUUUAUGCCAGCAAGAUGUUGUUCCUCAUCUGUCUCACAUCUAACUCAGCAGCUGAGACACAUAGGAAGCGGAAUGGGGGCAAAAAAGGCAAGAACCUUUUCAUUGAGAUAGUCCAACCCUGCAGCUACGCUACCCAGCAUAUUUGAAUGAGGACCCUGCAGGAAAGGGAUCAGCCAAAGAAGGAAGAUCUCAACCGAACGACGAUGCAGCUCUCAUCCUGUCUGCCUACGAUGAUGAUUAAUAGUGUGUACUCCAGAAUAUACAACAUGCAGGAAUUGUCACAGUAUUGCUCUGCCGUUUUAGACCUGAGUGUUUACAUUAUUUGUUUUGCUUUUAGUGUGACUUGAGAGAUGAGUUUCAAUAAAAGAAAAAGUUAAUGGCUUCAA